GAGAGAGAGAGAGAGAGAGAGAGAGAGAGAGACUACCUAGCCCCAGCAGAGCAUAGAGGCGUCAGACGGCCGCCAGAGCAUCCCGGUUUCUGUUUCUGUUCAGAGGCCCAUCGACGGUUUUGCAGCUCCAGAACCAGCUGAAGAAGAAGUGACCGCAGCCGGGCACACGGCCACAUUUACAGUCAGUGAUGGAGAGCCUGCUGGAUAAUCCCAUGAAAGCCGUUCUUUACCUGAAGGAGCUCACCACUAUCGUGCAGAACCAGCAAAGCCUGAUCCAGACGCAGCGCCAGCGCAUCGACGAACUCGAGCGCAAGGUGGAGGACCUGAUCGGCGAGAACCGACAGUUGCGGGACCCCCACCACUACGUCCAGCAGCCGGCUCCACAUCACCACCACCAACACCACCACCACCACCCCCCGACUCACCGCAGCGCCAGUCCCCAGGCGCCGGCCAACCUCCAUCAGCACCCGGGGAGCACCAAAGCUGCGGCUCACCUCGGCCAGCAGGCGCAGCAGCAGCAGCCUCCACCACCGCAGCAGCAGCAGCAGCAGCAGCAGCAGAUCCCCGGUCUGUCCGCCCAGCCUCAGCAGCAUCCGACCCCUCCUGCACCCUCCACCCACCACCACCCGCAGCAGCUGCAGCUCGUCCCCACCUCGCCGCAGUCGCCCAAAGCGAGCCAAGCCAGCCCGGACUCCGCCGAGGAGGACAAGAGGAGCCCCUGCUGCAAGUCUCUGGUUCCGCAGACUCCCACCUCUCUCUGCCGCUCAGUUGGACUGGCAAGGAAAGCGGACAACCAAACAGUGCUUCACCAGUUCUGCUGCCCCGCCCCCGAGGCCCCUGAGGGGGAGACCUCUACCGCCUGUGUCCCCAGCGAUGACCUUUCUCCAGACUCGUCUAUUGGGAAGGAAGGGAAGGGAGGAGAGGGGGAGCUGCAGAGUGAGGUCGAGUCACAACCACAACCACAACCACAGCCCGAGCAACAGCAGCAAGAGCCACAGACUCAACCAUCACAGCCAGAGCCCCAGCCGGAGCCCCAACCACAGACUCAGACUCAGCCCCAACCCGAAACCAAACCUCAGCCAGAACCUGAACCCAAACCCGAGCCUGUGUCUGCGCCGGAGCCCGAACCUCAGCCUGAGCCUCAGCCAAAGCCUCAGCCCCAACAAGUCGAGGCUCCGAGCGAGGAGGCGGCGGCACAGGACGUCCCAGAAGCCCCGUCACCUUGCAGAGAGGAGCAGAUUGUGGUGGAGCAAGAGAAGGAAACGUUGGAAGAAGUUGUGGAGGCAAAGAGAAAGCAAGACGGAGAGGAGGAGGCGGCACAGGCCGAGCGGCGUGACGUCGAGGCUGCACAGGAAGAAGAAGAGGAGGAGGAAGGGGGAGGAGCAAAAGGAGGUGGGGCAGGGAGGAGAGCCAGCCUGCACCACACGGCCUCGCCCUUGAGGGUGCAGCGCAACGGGGCCGGCUCGCACUCCGCCACUUCCGACUAUGAGCUCUCGCUUGACCUCAAAAAUAAGCAGAUCGAAAUGUUAGAGCACAAAUACGGCGGCCACCUUAUCUCUCGCCGUGCUGCCUGCAAGAUCCAGACUGCCUUUCGCCAGUACCAGCUCAGCAAGAACUUCGAGAAGAUCCGCAAUUCGCUACUGGAGAGUCGUCUGCCGCGACGCAUCUCCCUGCGCAAGGUCCGUGUGCAAAACACGGAGGGUUUCUCUGCUGAACGGGCCCUGGCAGAAGGCUGCAACUUGACAGGCAUCCCAUUGGUGCGCUCACCAUCUCUGCCUGCCACGGUUGGUGGCUCCCUGACCGACCUGGAAGACUCAUUCACUGAACAGGUCCAGUCACUGGCAAAGUCUAUAGAUGAUGCACUCAGCAACUGGAGCCUGAAGACCAUGUGCUCGCUGCAAGAAGGCGGCACCUAUCAGUUCAGUGCUGACUCCUUCAGUGCAGCGGCAGGAGCAGGAGGUGGAGGAGAAGGAGGUAGUGUGGGAGAGUCGGCCAUUCAUCAAGGCCCGGUGGAUCCAAGUGACCUGUCGAGAAGUGCGAGCAAGCUGAUGAUGGCGUUCCGGGACGUGACGGUGCAGUUCGACAGCCAGAACUUCCGCGUUUCGUCUUCAGUCAUGGAAUCGUCCACCGUCACCCUCGGCAGCUGCGUCCAACAAGAAGGAGUCCCUACCACUGUCACAUCUACUUCCACAACAACAAACUCUACUCCAGCCCCUGUUGUUGCCCCUGGCCUCUCACAAGAACCCCCUCCUCCCCCCGUAGAGCUCCCAGCCGAACCCAAAGAUCCCCCACCUCCGCCACAAGAGCCCCCACCACCGCCACAAUCACAGUACUACGAAGAAGACGAGGAGCAGGAUGAUGAAUUCCCCGCUCCUCCUCCGAGUGAAGAAGAGCUGGCGGAGGAGGAGGAACAACCUCCCCUAACUCCUCUGGAUAAGAUGGCUGCUCCUCAAAGCCCAGAGGAGAUUGUGGUGGUGGUGCCACCGCCAACAGAGCUUCCUCACAUCCCUCAACAACUGCUCGGGAGCUCGCCCAUGGUAGAGCCGCUGGAGGUCAAGCGGUGCAGCUCGGAGACGGCAGAUAACAGCUCAGAGCAGAUGAGCAGCAGCAGCACGUCCACAGAGGCACGCUCCACAUCCGAAGCCUCGUCCAAGGAGGCCCUGCAGGCUAUGAUCCUCAGCCUGCCACGCUACCACUGUGAGAACCCCGCCAGCUGUAAAUCACCCACGCUGUCCACUGACGUCAUGCGAAAACGACUCUACCGCAUCGGCCUCAAUCUCUUCAAUGUAAACCCUGACAAGGGCCUUCAGUUCCUCAUCUCUCGAGGCUUCAUCCCAGAUACACCCAUCGGCGUGGCUCACUUCCUGCUCCAGAGGAAGGGCCUGAGCCGACAGAUGAUAGGAGAGUUCCUCGGAAACAGCAAGAAACCUUUCAACAGAGACGUCCUAGAUUGUGUGGUGGAUGAGAUGGACUUCUCAGGCAUGGAGCUGGACGAAGCACUGAGAAAGUUUCAGGCCCACAUUCGUGUCCAGGGAGAAGCCCAGAAGGUGGAACGGCUUAUCGAGGCCUUCAGUCAACGCUACUGCAUGUGUAACCCCGAUGUGGUGCAACAGUUUCACAACCCGGACACCAUCUUCAUCCUGGCCUUCGCCAUCAUUCUGCUCAACACGGACAUGUACAGUCCAAACAUCAAACCGGACCGCAAGAUGAUGUUGGAGGACUUCAUACGCAACCUACGAGGUGUGGAUGAUGGAGCAGACAUCCCCAGAGACAUGGUGGUGGGGAUCUAUGAGAGAAUACAGCUGAGGGAGUUACGCUCCAACGAAGACCACGUCACCUACGUCUCCAAGGUUGAGCAGUCCAUUGUGGGCAUGAAAACAGUUCUGUCUGUCCCUCAUAGAAGACUGGUGUGCUGUAGUCGACUCUUUGAGGUGACAGAUGUCAACAAGGCCCAAAAACAGGCGGCACAUCAGAGAGAAGUCUUCCUCUUCAAUGAUCUCAUUGUGAUCUUGAAGCUUUGUCCAAAGAAGAAGAGCUCAGCGGCCUACACUUUCUGCAAAGCUAUGGGCCUGCUUGGCAUGCAGUUUCACCUGUUUGAAAAUGAAUACUACCCUCAUGGCAUCACCAUCCUCUCACCUUUUGGCUCAGACAAGAAGCAGGUACUAAACUUCUGUGCCCAAAGUGCUGAGGAGCUGCUCAAGUUUGUAGAAGACCUGAAGGAAUCAAUCGCGGAGGUGUCGGAGAUGGAGCAGAUACGGAUCGAGUGGGAGCUGGAGAAGCAGCAGGGAGCCAAGACACACGCAGUAAAGAACAACGGCACACAGCUAGAGCUGCGUGGCAAACAGGGCUCCCCAUCAGGAAACCAGGAGAUAGAUGAGAGAAGUGGACACAAUGCAGUACAGGUGUCAAUUCACAACAGGCUUCAGACGUACCAGCUCAGCAGCAGCACGGCUCGGAGUCCCGAGAGCGUGGCCCUUCUUAACCACCGGGGGGAGCUGCUUUUCCAGCAGGGGCCCCAGCAGGGGCUAACCCACGGGCCGGCGCCUCCACCUCAGCACCCGCAGCUGCAGUCAGCGGCAAGCACCCCCGCCCACCACCUCCACCUCCAGCAGCACCCACAGCCGGCUGUCAGCAUGGCCGAUCUGAGGCCCGAGACGCUGAUCCAGUGUCAGCAGAUCGUCAAGGUCAUCAUGCUGGACAACAGCGGCCACGGACGCGUGGAGGCCUUCCUCAGCCAAACGCCCACACACCACCACUACCAGCAUCACCACCACAGCCACCACCAGCUCAGCCAGUCGGCCAUGUCCACCCCGGUCCGCUCGCCGGACUCCUCCCACGGCAAUGACGGCCACCAGCCCCCGCUGCCUCCCCCACCUCCGCCUUACAACCACCCACACCAGUAUAUACCCCCCGACCCCCGCCUCAGUCUACACCGGACCCCAAGUGGCUCUCGGAGCAUGGUGUAAAUAAAUGAAUUAGUAUUCUUCCCCCCCAAAACACACGUCCACACACUACUACUAUUUAAAAGUACAUAAUGUACAUAUAUACAUACAGAUGAAAGAGCUAUAAUGAAAAAAUGAAAUCUCACUUAUAUGCAUAUAUUUAAGGAAAAAAAUAAACGAAAAGAAAAAUUUUAAAAGAGAAAAGGAGAAAUAAAGUGCAUAUAUAAAGUUUUACUUGAUUCCACAUGUAUUUUGAAAUAUUAUGUAGUUUUAACAAAUUUCUAUAACUUUUUGUCAGUUUUAACUCUUGCUAGAGAAAACACAGAUAUUCAGUUUCUGGAUGGAUUCCUUCUAGUUCUGGUAUUCGCCACCAACAACGACAGAAAUGGACUGUGAUGGAUGGACACGACUCCGAGGACCUUCCUGCUUCUGUUUCGCUUUGAUCAUCCCGAACCUCAUGCCUACUGUGCUGUAUGUGCGCGUGCGUGCAUAGUUGACACUUACUGAAAACGUGUGCCAAAAUACAUAGCCUCCACUUAACACUGACUUCUUUGCACUUGACUAAACGCUAGGGCUAGAAGAAAAGAAAAAAAAAACCCUCCUUUGCUUUGAGAAAAUAGUCCUUUCACGCUUCUCCCUCAAGGAGCACAAAAAAAUGAAUAACAAAAACUGAUAUUUCAUAAUAAAAAAAAACUUAUCUCCCCCGUUUGCGCCGCUGCUGAUUUAUUUAUGUGAUGGAGAGCCUUCUCUCUUCUUCUCUGCUCCCCUGGAUAAAAAAAAAGACAAAAAAAACAACAUCCUCCGAUAAGCUGCGUUUGUCAUCCGCUCCUCUGUUGUGUUGUGGCUCUCUAUCAUCAGAAAACACUCUCACUCAAUUGUCACUCUGCAUAGAUCAUCUUACAGUGAAGUACGAGAGGAAACAAAGGCAGCCAAUCACACGGAUUGCUGCCAAAACCAAAAAGUCAGCCCAGGAUGGUCCUGUUGAUUCUUGUUUGUCUUUUACUCUUCAUAUUUAAUAUAGCUUCCCAGGAAUCCUUGCCACAUGUUACCUGCUGAUGGAAGAAACUUUUUUUUUUUUUUUUCACAUUUUGAAAAGCUGCUGAAACUGCUCUCGGACUUUUCUAAAACUACAAUCACAUGUAAUAUAUGUACACUGUGCUGUCAUCUGUUGUUUGUGAAACACUUCUUCUUUUUCAGGAAAAUCCCCACGAAUUUCCAUGAAGAUGCUUCUGCUACAACUGUUAAAUGUCAAGAUCUGUGUUUUUAUUUUGAUUCGUGUAAAGCGUAUUCCACCUUUGUGUGUUUUUUCAGUCGGUGGAAAAAUGCAGGACUCUCACAAAAAAUACACAAACACUGUCUCUUCAUGUCAGUACAACUCCCGGGUUUUUGUUUCGGCUCCUUGUGACUGUUUCCUUUUCCCUCCUAACCUUUUAGUCUGACAUUUUCAAAAAGGCAAAAAAAAAAACUACCGGGGCACACACACACACAGCUUUUAUUGCAAAUGCUGGCAUUAAUGGUAUUGUUUGUGCUGUUGGCUAGCCUGCUUUAAAUAAGAACGGGACAAAAGGAAUGCAUUAUCUGAUCUCUUUCUCUUUCACCCCAGCCUAGAUUGUAAAUACCACAUUGAAGCAGUGUUGGAAAGGACAAGCGAGCUACCUUUAGCCCCUUCCAAAUGCUAUUGCCCUGUCACACGUCCUUCAUUCUGAAAUAGGUCAGCGACUGCCCCAGCCUGAGUGUGUCCAUCUUUUAAACAUAAACGCCACCAGGUACUGCAGAAUGGAUGUUCAGUCAACUCUGCUCCCGUCUGACCUCCAUCUGUCUGAUUUGUUGAUUUAUAAUCACAGAGCCACUGCGGGGAGGUCUCUAUCUCAUCUUUCUGUCCUUUUCCACUCAUGAUUUCACCCAGCGGAAAGACAGAGGUUGCGGAAAAAACAGUCAGGCAGUAAUGAUGUGUGCGUGUGUGUGUGUGUGUGUGUGUGUGUGUGAGUGACCUCACAGUAGCACCCUUCCCCAUAAACAAAUCCGACCUCUCUCCCCGUGCAUCCCUGUAAUUGCUUUUGUGAUUAUUUCACAACACAAAGAGGAGAAUUUCAACAUGAACGACUAUGAAAAUUUUAAUAUUUUUUAACCAAUCUUUUGAAGGUUACGUCAUGCAAAUAACAGCAAAAGUUUCGAUAUGAUGGAUUUUACAUCGAUGGAUGCUUAUUUAUUUGUUUCAAUCAACAUUCAGAUAUGAAUAUGAUUAUUUUCUCAUGCAUGCCAUCAGAUUUGAGGCCUAUUGAACUGCUAAAAGUUUUGAAUAUUUUGUGCAUGACUGACUUUGCUGUGAGCACACUAGUGGGAGAUGAAAACAACAUUUUUUUUUUCUUUGUGGUCGAAUCUUUAAAAGAAAAAAAGAAAAGAAUGACAGCAAGCAUCCCUUCAAACAGAAAAUGGAUUUACAACAGCAAAAUUGAAGCCUCUAUUUUGCCAAACAGUGGCCAUUUUUGUUCCCCUGUCUUUCACAACCCUUUCUUUAGAGUUGCAGAGUUUUCCCUACUUGACAAUGUGUUAACACAUUUCAGGAGAUAGACAUCUUGUGUGUGCAAUAAACAUGAAUACGAGGCACACUGAAAAUCAUAUUUUAGGUUUGAAAGGAAACCAAUGUAGCAUUUUUGGGAGUGCAGCAUAUGAUAUGGAAGCGCAGUAGUGGCUAACUACUGAAAAAAGGGCUCUGCCAUACCAGUGCACCGCUUCAUGAAUGACAUGUGGAUCUUGUCUGGCUCUUCAACACUGUGUUUGCUCAUACUAGUUAGAAAAAAAUACAACAAGUGGACAUAUUUAUGGUAAGACAGGUGGAAAACUGAGUGUAACAAAUGAACCAUCACCUCCCUCAGUUGGCUUUGAAUCCCUCUCUACCUGUCUUUGCAGUAUAUCAACAUGCUAUUAAAGAUGAUUUAAGUCUA